AGGGAGCGGAGGCGGACACCGGAACUCUCGGUGCUCGUGCUCUUCCGUCCUCCUGCCGGCGGCUGCGUGGAGCCCGGCUGCGCGAUGCCCACCGGCGAUUUUGAUUCGAAGCCCAGCUGGGCGGACCAGGUGGAAGAGGAGGGAGACGACGACAAAUGUGUCACCAGCGAGCUCCUGAAGGGGAUCCCUCUACCCACUGGCGACACAAGUCCAGAGCCUGAACUACUGCCUGGAGCACCACUGCCACCUCCCAAGGAGGUCAUCAAUGGAAACAUAAAGACAGUGACUGAGUACAAGAUGGACGAGGACGGCAAGAAGUUCAAGAUUGUCAGAACCUUUAGGAUUGAGACCCGCAAGGCCUCAAAAGCUGUGGCAAGAAGAAAGAACUGGAAGAAAUUUGGGAAUUCUGAGUUUGACCCACCAGGGCCCAAUGUGGCCACCACCACAGUCAGUGAUGACGUCUCCAUGACAUUCAUCACUAGCAAAGAGGACCUGAAUUGCCAGGAGGAGGAGGACCCCAUGAAUAAGCUCAAGGGCCAGAAGAUUGUGUCCUGCCGUAUUUGCAAGGGUGACCACUGGACCACCCGCUGCCCCUACAAGGACACAUUGGGGCCCAUGCAAAAGGAGCUGGCUGAGCAACUGGGCCUUUCCACUGGCGAGAAGGAGAAGUUGCCUGGAGAACUGGAGCCAGUGCAAGCUGCCCAGAACAAGACAGGGAAGUAUGUGCCACCAAGCCUGCGUGAUGGGGCCAGCCGCCGAGGGGAGUCUAUGCAGCCCAACCGCAGAGCUGAUGACAAUGCCACCAUCCGUGUCACCAAUCUGUCUGAGGACACACGGGAGACUGACCUGCAGGAGCUCUUCCGGCCCUUUGGCUCCAUCUCCCGCAUCUAUCUGGCCAAAGAUAAGACCACUGGCCAGUCCAAGGGCUUCGCCUUCAUCAGCUUCCACCGCCGGGAGGACGCCGCUCGUGCCAUCGCUGGGGUGUCUGGUUUUGGCUACGACCAUCUCAUCCUCAACGUUGAGUGGGCCAAGCCAUCAACCAACUGAGCCACCUGAUGUCACUACCACCACUAUCCAGACCUUUGGGGACAGAGAGCUGACUCAGAGCAGUAAAAAGGCUCAAAGUAA